AUGAAAGUUUUCCAUUUGUGGGGGAUCAAUGGCGAACCUAGUUUUAUAUCUCCGGAGAGUGUUGCGUUGUAUUGGAUUUUGAACAACUCAGAACUAGGUUACUUAUCGACCGAUGACGACAAUGAUGUCAGGGAGGUUGUAUUUUCUAAUAAUACUGACUUGUCACCUACAGGUCAUUUACCACUGUUAAUUAUCAGUGAUGAAGGAGCAGAAGAGGUCAAAAUUUCAGGGUUUGAUAAUAUUAUUCGUUAUUUUCAACAGUUCCCUGCAAUUGAAGAGGGAAAUAAUGAACAAUUGUAUGAGAACGCAUUAAUGGAACAUUUAAUACAUAACUUUUGUCCCUUAACUUUGUAUCAAUUGUAUUUGAAUAAGUCAAACUAUGUUGGUUUCACGAGGAAACAGUUUUCAAAAUUAUUAUAUUUUCCUAUGUGGUAUAAUGUUCCAAUAAGUUAUAGAGCUACCAUUAGAGCACAAUGUGAUAAACAGUUGAAUUUGGAAUAUGCAUUAGUUGAGGAAGAUCCUGAUUAUGUUUCUGAUGAAGAGACUAGUAUGAAAGAAGCGGCCAACGUAGCUCAAUCAAGGACAUUCAAAUUGAAAGCCAAAAGUUUAAUACGGAAUAAAAACGAAUUAUUCGAGACAAAGCAUAAUUUACAAUAUUUGAAUAAGAUGGUAGAUAUCUUAAAAGAUUGGUUCUCUAUAAGGUAUAUGGUCUUACCAAGAGAACACACUCCAAUUGCUGCAGAUAUUUUAUUGUGGGCUAAUAUUUAUGUCCAAGUUAGUCUCCCAGAAGGUACGAAAGUUCUCGAUAGGAUAAAAGAAGAUUUGGGACAGGAGCAAGCUAAUAAUAUUAUGGAGAUGAUACAUAAAUUAAGUACUAAAAGUGCCGUAUUGAAAGAGAGGCACCCUACAUUUCAAGAACAGGGAAAUGCUGUAAUGUCGCUGUAUCAUAAAGGUGUAUCUUUUUUGGGGUAA